AUGUCGGACAGAACAAUGACACGGCAAGUACUGUUGUUUAUCUCGGUCCUCUCUCUCAGUUCAGUGCACGGGCAGGUCAGUUACUCCAUUCCGGAGGAAAUGGCGAAAGGCUCUUUAGUCGGUAACAUAGCGCAGGAUUUGGGUUUAGAUAUCAAAAGACUGAAAUCAGGUAAAGCUCAUAUUUAUACUGGAGACAGCGCAGAAUACAUCGAGCUGAAUAAAGAAAGGGGAGUUCUUCUUAUCAAAGAGAGAAUAGACCGUGAAGCUCUCUGCAGACAGACGACGCCUUGCGCAUUGCAUUUGCAAAUCAUUUUAGAGAAUCCCAUGGAAUUUUACAGCAUAACAAUUGAGUUAACCGAUGUAAAUGAUAAUUCGCCUAUUUUUGAAAAGAGUGAAAUGAAAUAUGAAAUAGGCGAGUCCGCUUUAACGGGAACCAGGAUUGUCUUAGAAAGAGCAAUUGAUGACGACGUUGGCGUUAACGGCCUUCAUAGCUAUUCUCUGAAACCGUCCGAUAAUUUCAUUUUAAAAACGCAACAUUUGCCAGACGGUGGUAAAAAUGUUGAAAUGGUUUUGCAGAAAGCUUUAGAUCGAGAGAAACAGGAGCACAUAUAUCUGACAUUAACAGCAGUAGAUGGAGGAGAGCCUCAGCUAUCUGGAACAAUGCAGAUAAUCAUCACUGUACUUGACGCCAAUGAUAACGCACCUGUCUGUUCCCAAGCCGUUUAUAAGGCCAGUGUAUUGGAGAACGCGACUAAAGGCACUGUUUUAACCACAGUCACUGCAUUUGACGCUGAUCAAGGUUCAUAUGGAACAGUUACCUAUCAUGUUCCAAAAUCGGGAGCAGCCCAGCUAUUUGAGAUUGGUAAAGAGGAUGGAGUGGUCAAAUUAAACCUGAAUGUUGAUUACGAAAGAACUAAACAUUAUCAAAUUGACGUUCAAGCCAGAGACCAAGGAGGUAACACCGAUUCCUGUAAAGUGAUUAUUGACGUAAUCGAUAUAAAUGACAACAAACCUUCCAUCAACAUUAUGUCAAAAACAAACAGCAUAUCUGAGGAUGCUAAACCUGGCACGGUCGUAACAAUGAUGAAUAUUCAAGACCCAGAUUCUGAUGGAAAUGGUAAAGUGCAUUGCUCUAUUGAGGACAAUAUUCCCUUUGUGAUGAGAUCGACCUCAAACAAUUUCUAUAGUCUAGUAACAGACAGUGACUUGGACCGAGAGAGAGACUCUGAGUAUAACAUCAGUGUGACGUGCUCUGAUGAGGGCGUGCCCUCGCUCUCCAGCAGCGUCACUCUCACCUUACACAUAUCAGAUGUGAAUGACAACGCGCCUGUCUUUGAGAGGAGCUCAUAUGAGGCCUACAUUAUAGAAAACAACACACCGGGCCUCUCUAUAUUCACAGUGAAAGCCAGAGACGCUGACUGGAACCAGAAUGCCCGUGUUUCUUACAUACUGGAGGACUCCUCGGUUAACGGAGUGCCCGUCUCCUCAUAUGUGUCCGUUAGUGCUGAUAGUGGAGUCAUCCAUGCAGUGCGCUCUUUUGACUACGAGCAGAUCAAGGAUUUCCAGUUCCGCGUAAAAGCGCAGGAUGGAGGCUCCCCUCCACUCAGUAGCAAUGUGACUGUGAAAAUAAUGAUCCAGGACCAGAAUGACAACGCACCUCAGGUUCUGUACCCAGUCCAGACUAGCAGCUCCCUGGUGGCUGAAAUGGUGCCUCGUUCAGCAGAUGUGGGCUAUCUUGUCACUAAAGUUGUGGCUGUUGAUGUGGACUCUGGACAGAAUGCCUGGCUCUCGUAUAAACUGCAGAAAGUGACAGACAGAGCGCUGUUUGAAGUGGGCUUACAGAAUGGAGAAAUAAGAACUAUACGCCAAGUCAAUGAUAAAGAUGCUGUGAAACAAAGGCUCACUGUCGUAGUGGAGGACAACGGGCAGCCCUCUCGUUCAGCUACAGUCAAUGUUAACGUGGCGGUGGCGGACAGCUUCCCUGAAGUGCUCUCGGAGUUCACUGACUUUACGCACGACAAGGAAUACAAUGACAACCUGACUUUUUACUUAGUCUUGGCUUUGGCUGUAGUCUCAUUUCUGUUCAUCACAUGUUUAGUGGUUAUUAUAUCAGUGAAAAUAUACAGAUGGAGACAGUCUCGCAUCCUCUAUCAUUCCAACCUCCCGGUUAUUCCGUAUUAUCCACCGCGUUACGCAGACACUUUGGGGACAGGAACUCUACAGCACGUGUACAAUUACGAGGUGUGCAGGACGACUGACUCCAGAAAGAGUGACUGUCAGUUCGCCAGACCCUGUAGUCAGAACGUACUGAUAAUGGACCCCAGUUCUACAGGGACGAUGCAGCGGAUGCAGAGUGAAAAGAACAUCCUGGAUGAACCAGACUCCCCAAUAGAGCACUGA